AAAAAAAAAGGGCCACUUUUCUUUGGUUUUCCCGAGGAAGUAAAACAUCCCACCUCCUCUUCUCUAUUGACCGACCGUGGAGGCUCCAGAGACAGGGAAGGGUGUCUGAGCCUCCAUUUCCCAACUGUCAACUUUCUUUCCUUUUCUCGCUGAACAAACACAUCCUUAUCUGCUGACUCCAUUUCCUAUCCUUUUGCACAAUAAGCCUCUCGCCUGGUUUGAAAAUCGCUACAAACGCUCAGACAGUCCCCCCUUUCCCUCGACAUUUAUCCCCUAAUUUAUGAAUCUGAGGUGACUGACAAUAUCCGUUUCUAAUCCAAGACCCUUCCUUUUAUUUAUUUGUAUCCCUGGAAUCUCAUUUCAACCUCUCGCCAAGCUCCAUGUGAUUGCAGAAUGCGUAAUCUGAAGCUCUUAGAGAAAUUUAAGAGCACUCAAAUUCACGCCUUGAAUUCCCAAGACUCAUCCUCUAGCGGCACUAAUGGCAGCCCUCGAUUCAAAUUUCUAGGUCACUCAAUAUCCAAGAAAACCACUCCAACACCAGCCUCUCGGGUUCUUCUUCCCUAUGGGUUCCCGACCACAGACCUCCUUGAGCCUCCGUUGGACUCUUUCCUCAAACCCAUCGAUUUGGUGGAGACAUUAUCAAAUCUCUUCCGGAGAAUUGAGUCCAGUUCCGAAUCUGAAAAGUCGAUGUUGUACGUCGAGCAGUACGCUGCUCUUCGAGGGCUCGGCGAUGCUAAGCUAUCGCGUAGAUGUCUGCUCAACUCUAGGCAACACGCCAUCGACGUCCCCUGUAAGGUUAUUUUAUCUGCUUGGUUGAGAUUCGAGAGGAGAGAACACGAACUCGUGGGCGUUAAAUCCUUGGACUGUAACGGGUUUGUUCUCGAAUGCCCGAGUGAUAGUUUAAUUCAUGGUUAUGAUAUGAAUCGAGUCAACGAGCACUGCAAAUGCCAUGUAGCAUAUAAUGAAGGCUCUGGUGAAGUCUUGGAGGCUGAAGAAUUUGAGGAGAUUUUGAGUGUGGAGGAGGACUGCGACAUUUUGUUCAGUGUUGGUCCAGCGGAGGUCAAGUGUGUUAGGUCCCGUAUCGCUGCACUUUCUCAGCCUUUUGAGGCGAUGUUGUACGGCUCUUUCAUGGAAUCAAGAACUUCCCGGAUCGAUUUCUCGGAGAAUAGCGUUUCAGUGGAGGCGGUGAGGGCAUUGAACGUAUACAGUAGGAUUCAAAGGGUGGAUCUGUUUCGAGCUGAAACUGUCUUGGAGCUGCUUGGAUUAGCUACUAAGUUCUGUUGUGACGAUCUCAAGUCUGCUUGUGACGCUCGUCUGGCUUCCUCGGUUGAUAACAUCCAUAAAGCUUUAGACUUCAUAGACUAUGCAUUGGAGGAACGUGCACAACUUCUUGUAUCUGCUUGCUUGCAGGCAAUUCUGCGACAGCUUCCUCAGUCUCUCUAUAAUCCCAGAGUGACGAGACUCUUCUGCAGUUUGGAAGCAAAAGAACAAUUAGCUGUUCUGGGCUCGAACGCUUUGUUCUUGUUGUACUACUUCCUUAGCCAAGUUGGCAUUGAGGAGAAUUUAGCCACUGGCACAUUAUUGAUUCUGCUCGAGAGAAUGAGAGAUUUCUCGGGCGGGAACUGGCAAAAGGCCCUAGCUUUGCAUCAAAUCGGCUGUGUUCUGCUUCAGAGAAAGGAUUACAAAGAUGCCCAAUUUCAUUUCAGAUUAGCUUCAAGCUUGGGUCAUAUCUAUUCACUGGCUGGCGUUGCAAGAACUGAGUAUAAACAAGGCCAGAGAUACUCAGCGUACAAGCUAAUGACCCAUCUCCUCUCUAAUCACAAACGACAUGGGUGGAUGUAUCAGGAGAGGUCGUUGUACAAUGUCGAGAACGAGAAACUAAAUGACCUGGCAGCUGCAACUGAGCUCGACCCAACUUUGACCUUUCCUUACAAGUACAGGGCAGUGAUGAAAUUUGAAGAGAAGCAGGUUAAAGAAGCCAUUGCAGAGAUAGACAGGAUCAUAAGAUUUAAGCUGACACCAGACUGUCUAGAACUGAGGGCUUGGCUAUACUCAGCCAGUGGUGACCAUGGCAGUUGUUUGAGAGAUAUUAGGGCACUCUUGUGUCUGGAACCGAACUGCGUUGUGUUUGGUGGAAGAGUGAGGGGAGAUGAGAUGGUCGAAGUUCUAACUAGACGUCACAUCAAGCAACAGGAGGAGGAGCAGAGUGAUGGGGAUUGUUGGGUGAGGCUUUACGAUAGCUGGUCGGCUGUAGAUGAUAUCGGGUCAUUGGCCGUUGUUCAACAAAUGCUUCAGAGUGAUCCCAAGAAAAACUUCCUGAGGUUUAGACAGUCUCUUCUUCUCCUAAGAUUGAAUUGCCAGAGAGCUGCGUUGAGGUGUCUACGUCUGGCAAGGAACCUCGCUGCUUCUGAGGCAGAGAAGUUUGUAUAUGAAGGUUGGAUGUUAUAUGACAUGGGUCAUGUCGAUGCAGCUCUCGAUAAAGCCGAGAAGGCCAUCUCGAUUCAGCGUUCUUUUGAAGCGUUUUUCCUUAAAGCUUAUGUGCUGGCAGACAAGAACCUCGAUCCGGUGGAGACCUCUUCUGUUAUUCAUAUUCUAGAGGAAGCUCUCAAGUGUCCUUCAGACGGGCUACGCAAAGGACAGGCUCUGAACAAUCUCGGAAGCAUCUAUAUAGAUUGUGGGAAGCUAGAUCAGGCCGAAGCUGCAUAUAUGAAUGCUUUGGACAUCAAACACACGCGUGCACAUCAAGGGCUUGCGCGUGUUUAUUUUCUGAAGAACCAACGUAAAGCUGCAUAUGAAGAGAUGACAAAGCUGAUUGAGAAGGCAUGUAACAAAGCCUCGGCAUACGAGAAACGGUCGGAGUACUGUGAACGCGACAGAGCCAAAGAGGAUCUUGACAUGGCCACAUCACACGACCCUCUCAGAACCUACCCUUACAGAUACAGAGCUGCUGUAAUGAUGGAUGACCAGAAAGAGAGGGAAGCAGUGGAAGAGCUAUCAAAGGCGAUAGCAUUCAGACCGGAAUUGCAAACACUGCAUCUGCGGGCAGCGUUCUAUGAGGCCAUGGGGAAGCUGUCUUUGGCUGCUCAAGACUGUGAAGCUGCUCUUUGUUUGGACCCUAACCACAGUGAUACGCUCCAUCUCUACUACAGAUCCAAGACUCAAGCUUGUCUUGACAUACAAGAUCAAUAGAUAUCUCAGGUAUAUCUAUACGGAUUUUUCCUCAUACAUAUCUCAACUCUGUAUCUUGAUCUAAACCAAAAAAAAAUGGAAAAGAAUUUGCUGUCAAACACUGGACUUUCCUUCUCCAGUAUCUCCGUUGUUCUUGUACAAAUGUUGUAAAGAACUCUGCCGUCUAUGGGAUGUUUGAGUUUGCCUCCCUUAAUUAUUUCUCUCCACUUCUUCUUUUCGUA